AACCCCGCCCACGCGCUUCCACGCCACUCCAAGCACUACUUCCCGCUCACGCGCUGAGAAAAAAUCCACUUCUCUCGUGCUGUCUCAGGCUCAGGAAAAAUACCGACUCAUCCACAUCUCUCGGAAUUACAUUUGGAAAAAUGGGGGAAGUGCGGAUCCCGAGGCAAAUGUUUCUGUGGAGCAUGGCGAGCAUAUAUUUGUUUGCUUUUGCGUCUCUCUACAUCCAGAUACCAGGUCUGUACGGGAAAGAUGGAGUAAAGCCAGUCCAUAUGCCCCGAGUUCAGUCGUCUCUGCUGGAGAAGCUGCAGGACACGCCGUCCCUCCUGUGGCUGACUCCGUCACUGGGGAUCGGACCUCAGCAGGGUCUGGAGCUCAUCUGCCUCGUGGGGGCGCUGCUGAGCCUGGGAGCUGUGCUGCUGAGUGCCCUGAGAGACCGCCUGGUGUAUCUGUGCCUCUGGGUGCUCUAUCUUUCUCUGUACACUGUUGGAGGAGAUUUUCUUCACUCUGAGUGGGACAAUCUUCUGUUGGAGGCAGGGUUUCUGGCCUUCCUGGUUGCUCCAUGUUUGUUACUGCAAAGCUCCUCUGCUCCACAUGACUCAGUGACCUUCUGGUUGACCCGCUGGCUGCUCUUCAGGCUUGUGCUCUGCACUGGGGUGAGCAAGCUGGCCAGUGGUGACCCGUGCUGGUGGGACCUCACAGCUCUGAGUCGGCAUUACGACACCCAAGCGAGCCCCACCCCCUUGGCUUGGUAUGCCUACCAGCUUCCUGAUUGGCUGUCGAGGCUCGGCGCAGUCUGCGUAUUGGCAGCUGAGAUCGCUGUUCCGCUGGUUAUGUUCUUCAUUCCUGUUCGUGGAUUAAGAAUCAACGCCUUUUCCAUCGAGGUGGUUCUGCAGCUCUUUAAUAUCCUCUUGGGUGGCUGCAGCCUGUCCCACCUGCUGACCAUCGCACUGAGCUUCUCUCUGCUGGACGAUGAGGUGUUCGAAUGCACGCCAGUCCCCAAGAAAAAAGCCAAGACUAAGACUUGGGGCCAGUUUUUGGCCUCUGCUCUGACCUGUCUUUUUAGGCUGGCUGUCCAACUGUUAAUUGUUUUCAGUGCUGUAAUGUUCUUCAAACUGGAGAUCAACUGGGAAAAGAAGAUGGUGACGUCCAAGCCGACCUUUUCCCAAGAAAGCUUUAAUGACUUUGUGAAGCAGAUCCAGGUUCCUAGCAUUUGGAUCGGAGUGCUGUCUCUGACUUGGGAAGGUGUCGCUGCACUGCUUAAGUGCUUGUAUGUACGAGGCGCCCUGGGCAAGCUGUGGGCGUUCAUCCAGUGGGUCACGUUCACGGCUGCCACUGUGGGGGUUUUUACCCUCAGCCUUGUGCCGUACACUGCUCUGGCAGGAAUGUCCAACAAAAUUUUACCCGAGGUCCAAGAAGCCUACGAGGCUGUGGAGAAGUUUCAGCUCGUCAGCUCAUACGGCAUCCAUCACAGGAUGAUUCCUCCUGCAGGACGGCCUGAGAUCAUCAUUGAAGGCAGCGCUGAUAAGAAAGCAUGGACGGAGCUGAGCUUCAUGUAUAAACCCAGCAGUAUGAGUGCAGUUCCUGCAGUUCUUGGGCCUCAUGAACCACGGUUAGACCGGCUGCUGUGGGAAGCUGCUCGAGAAAAUCAUGACCAGAGCCCCUGGUUUACAGGCCUGAUCCAGCGCCUGCUGGAGGGCAAACAGGAGGUUGUAAGUCUGCUGCAGGUGGAUGAAGCUCAAUAUCCCUUCAGCUCCAAACCUCCAGCGUUCAUCAGAGCUAAAGUCUAUCACUACCAUUUCACUCGCACUCCUGAAGACGGGACGGAAGCUCGGACAUGGUGGAAACGCCAGCUUGUGAGAGAUUUCUUUCCCACAGUGAAGUUGGGUGACCCUUUACUCGAGGAGUUGCUGAGUGAAGCUGGACUCAAGGAGAAGUUCCCAGUCCAGCCUAUUUCAAACACACCUCUAUCCCAGGCUCUGACCGUGAUCCAAAGCCAGUCAAACGGUCUUUCUGGACACCUUUUGACUCUGAGCCUGUUCGCCACAGUGGCUUCCAUCCUCCUCCUCAAAUUCUUGUUCUCUCGGACCGGGAGCAGCAAAGCCACUAAAGCCAGACCCGUUGCUUUCGAACAAAAAAGUAAGAAAUCCAGAGACCACGCCGAACCCUCUGAGAAAAGCCGCGCUGCCCCCAAUCGAGGAGGCAGGAAGGAGAACUCUGAGGAGAGGAAGAUGGACUCUGAUAAAAGCCCACGCAAGAGAAAGUGAGCUCCAGAACGCCACGCUCGGCAAGGACGGAGGAUUUAUUCUCAGGUGUACGCUGACUACGCAGUUACCAUCCAAUUCUAUACAUUAAAUUAUUUUUCUAAACACCCCUCUCUGAUUAGCGAAGUGUUAUUUGGUAAUAAUAAUAAUAAAUUUUAUAUCAUGCGCUCUAUAACAGAACCACACAGCAGACCAGGGCUUUGCAGAGUCAUGCUUUUUCUUUAGAUAAAGUGUGAUUUUUGUUUGUUUUUCUUUGUAAGGGCUCAACACUAGCACUUUCCCUGGUAACCCUAUUUGUCAUAAAUUCACAACCGGUUUAAAAUCAUUGGAGUUGUUAAUAUUUUUAUAGGAUCUUUUCAAGAGCUGUCUGCACAUCGUCUGAACUUGUGUGAAGAUGUGUAUUUUUGUCCCAUGGUCUAAAAGUAUGACAAUUAAUAAACGUGAUGUUUUGUAGUUGA